GAAGAUAGUCACAAGAGAGAAGAUACUCACAGACACACAGGCAGAGAUAGAUUAAUCAAGGGGGAAGGACCAGAGGUUUAUCACUUUAUACAAACACCCCACAGACACAGGUGAGCUGAUAAGGCUGUCAGGGGCGCUCAUUCACACAUGGAACGUCAGGAGAGCUGUGUGUUCUAGCCCGACAGAGAAGAGCGAAUAUAUUGAGAGAUCAUAAAAAGACUGCUUCCUGAUCACCUCACUUGUGUGGAUACAAAGAUAGACACAGAGUUGCCUAAAGGCCAACUAGACCAUUCAACUGAGUGACAUCCACCCUCCACCUCAGCCUUCAAGGGUUGAACUCACUAACUGAAGUUAUACACCAUCAAGUCCAAGAUGCCUCGGAAGACUGCCCUGUACAUCAAAUCGGCCACCAUGCGCUGGCCCCGCAAGCAGAAGCGUCGUGAGCUGCUGUCAGUCAGCAUGAUCAGCCUACCGCUGGGCGACUUCCGUCACCUCUCCCACAUCGGAUUGGAUGCCCACGGUGAUGCCUUCGGCGACCUUACAGCCUUCCAGCAGACCGGUAGUCUCAUCCUCCACAGCUCCCAAAGCCACCAGGACCUCUACUCCAACAUCACCCCCAAUGAGACUCCCCCAGCCCCACCCAAGCCCCCACGACUCCUCAACCCAGAAGAGAUGGAUGCACAGGCCACUAAAGCCAGAACCAUUCCCCAGGCUUCCAGGCACAAUAAGUGCCACUCCCUGCCUUUACUGGAUUCUGUGGAGGUGGUGUACGACGGAUUGUACCAACGAGAGGAGGUAAAGCAGGAGCAGGAGCAGGAAGAGGAGGGAGGGUUAACGAUAGGUCCGGAUGGAUUAGAAUUGAACGCGGCCCCCCAACAGGCUCCUUGUCCCCCAGUGGAGGCCCCUCCAGUGGUCGAGGAAGACUCGUCUUUUGCCCUGAACCUUGACCUGGGGCCAUCCAUACUAGAAGAUGUCCUGCAGGUGAUGGACCAGCUUUACCAGUGAGACUUUGAGAAGGGUGGCCUUCAUACAUAUGAUUGUAAUGUAUUUUGUUCUAAGGGCCUUUCAAGAAACCCAAUACACUGUACAUAGGGAGAAAAACUCCAAACUCCUUCCUUUCUAAUGGGAAUUGAAAGAGGUUGGGCCAUGGAUGGACAAAUGGGCUGAAUCAUUGUCAAGUGUCAGGAUGCUAAUCGGCACAAUUAUUUUCAAUGACUGCCGACAUAGAGGACAGAUUGUACAAUAUUUCCUUCUCUUGGAAACAAGAUUAUACGUGCCUCUAUCGUUUAGUUUGACUAACUAGAGGGAUGUGUCAUAUCUGGGUCAACGCUUUGGACAUUUACCGUUCUCAGGUGAAAGAUCUGUGAGCCAAUGACACUCCACUCCACCUCGAUCAUGUGACUUAGUGACAGAUGAUGUCACAUAUUUGUAUCACAUACGUGUCUAGAGGAGACAUGUUGUGAAAGGUAAGAAAGACAGACAGUAAAUUAUGAGACAGAGCUGUGUGACAGACGUUUAUGACUGAAGCUUGUCUGACAACUUCUGUUGUGAAACACUGAAAGAUCACUGGUUGCUUUUUUCUUUUCAGUGUGUAGGCCUACUAUACGGGGAUUAUAGAACUAGCUCUCCCAUAGUAUCUAAGUCAGCUACAGUAUGACUCACUAGAGUGUAUACGUAUGGGCCUAUUUCUUGUUUUUCUUACCAAGUACUCAAGGGGAAAGUUCACCAACAAACCUUUAUGAAUAUACUACUGUAUAAGUCUUUAUGACAUGGUUUAUGGCGUGACUGUGAAUAGUAUCAGUCUAUAAAAGUUUAUUCGGAAAAGCAAAGAUCACCGACAAUCCUUUUGUUUCCCAUAUCAUAAUCUGUUAGAUAGAUUAAGGUGGAGCAUGAACUCUGUCCAGAACAAUGAACUCACAUUUGUUUAAACUAU